CUCCCUGCUUCAAACUGUCUUUAACUGACCUCCUUACUUGCAUCCUGGACCAUGGGAUAACGAGCAUCUCACUAAAACAAGAUUACAAUGGAGGCACACUUACCCAUAAUGAUGAUGUGGCAGAAUGAGGAAACACAACCUCAGUCCUUAAUCACAAAACGUCGUCAGCCAAGAGUGUUCAGAGAGCGUGUGGCACUCAGUUCUUUUUCUGAAAUGGAGAUAAGACAGCAGUUUAGAUUAAGUCGACAAGCAAUUGAAGAACUCUACAGCAAAAUCCAACCUAGUUUGGAAAGAAAGACAAAACGUAGUCAAGCCAUUCCUGGAAUGACAAAGUUAAUAGCUGUGCUGCAUUAUCUCGCAUCGGGCUCCUUCCAAUGUUGUGUAGCUUCCAAAUUUGGAAUAAGUCAGUCAGCUUUCUCAAGGAUUGUUCACGAAGUGGUUGAAGCCCUUUACAAUGUUGUAAAUGAUUAUAUUAAAUUUCCGCUAACCAGUUUGGAACAGAGGCAAAUGAUGGCUAAAUUUUAUGCAAAGGCUGGAUUCCCAAACAUUCUUGGCCUUAUCGAUUGCACACAUGUGGCAUUGAUUCCUCCAGGCCCAAUUUGAGGCAAUUUACCGCAAUCGUAAACUUUUCCACUCCC